AUGGCUGCUUCCAACAGUUCGAAACAGUUGAAGACUAAGGCUGAGUCCAAAAAUGGCAAAACAGCAGCAGUUUCGGCCAGCUCCUACCAGUACUUGGGCCAAAGCUGGCUUUUGAAGCCAUUGCCUGAUAAAGCUGCUACGUAUACAACAUUGCAGUGGAUUGUAACUCUAGUAGCAUUUUUCGUUCGUUUCAGAGAACUCUCCUACCCGCGCGAGGUGGUGUUUGACGAGGUUCAUUUUGGGAAGUUCGCAUCAUACUACCUUGAGAGAACCUUUUUUUUUGAUGUUCAUCCACCAUUUGCCAAGAUGCUGAUCGCUCUUGUCGGGUGGAUUGUAGGGUACAGGGGUGCCUUCAAGUUCGAUGACAUUGGGCUGAGUUACGACAGCAAUCCUGCUCCAUUUGUGGCCUACAGAUCACUGAGCGCCAUUUUGGGAACGCUCACCGUGCCACUAGUUUUCAAUACACUGAAAGAACUCAAUAUGAGAGCCGUCACCUGUCUCUUAGGUGCUCUGCUCAUUGCCGUUGACUGUGCUCAUGUCAUCGAUUCACGCUUAAUUCUCCUGGAUGCUACUCUGAUAAUUGCCGUGGCUUCGUCGUUUUACUGCUACGUUCGCUUUUACAAAGCGCAAUUGAAAGCCCCGUUCUCUUCACACUGGUAUACGUGGCUCUACGCUACUGGGGUCUCAUUGUCGUUCGUGAUGUCUACGAAAUAUGUUGGUUUGUUAACUUACGCGUCGAUUGGCGCUGGGGUGGCCGCGAACUUGUGGCAGCUCUUGGAUGCUAGAGCAGGGUUGUCUAUAAGACAGUUUGCUAAGCAUGUUGUGCAAAGACUCAAUGGGCUGAUUUUUGCUCCCUUUGUCAUCUAUUUGUUCUGGUUUUACAUCCAUUUCGCAAUUUUAACUGGGUCCGGGCCGGGGGAUGACUUCAUGUCACCAAAGUUUCAAGAAACCUUGACCGAUUCUCCACUCGCGAAAGAAGCUCGACAAGUCAAUUAUUUUGACAUUAUCAGUGUGAAGCACAAAAACACCAAUGCAUUCUUACAUUCACACUCAGAACGCUACCCUCUUCGCUACGAUGAUGGCCGUAUCUCAUCAAAUGGCCAGCAGGUGACCGGUUACUCUCACGAUGAUGUCAACAAUCAGUGGGAAAUUUUGCCCGUUAAGGAGCUACCUUCCCAACUUGGACAACCUGUGCACUUGAAUGACAUUGUUAGACUAAGACACAUUGUCACCGGAACUUUCUUGUUAGCCCAUGAUGUUGCUUCUCCACUUUACCCAACAAAUGAAGAAGUCACUACGGUAGGUGAAGAGCAAGCGAACGGAGAGAAUUACCAUGAAACGUUAUUCCGCCUUGAAGCGGUAAACAAGGGUGAAAGCGAACAAAUCUUAAAAUCGAAAGCUUCUUUGUUCAGAAUCAUUCAUACCGAUACCACUGUCGCCCUAUGGACUCACAAUGACGUUUUCCUUCCGGAUUGGGGGUUCAGCCAACAGGAGGUCAAUGGUAACAAAAAAAUUGUGGAUCCCGAGAAUUCGUGGAUGAUAGACACUAUUCUUAACAUCGACGAAGCCCGUAAGGUCUAUAUUCCUAAGCCAGUGAGAAAACUUUCUUUUUUUGCUAAGUGGUCUGAACUACAGAGACUCAUGUUUGAACACAACAAUAAGCUAUCAUCUGAGCACCCCUUCGCUUCAAGCCCCGAAUCAUGGCCCGGCUCGCUGUCUGGUGUAUCAUUCUGGACAAAAGAUCAGGAUCGGAAACAAAUUUAUUUCAUUGGUAACUUAAUUGGGUGGUGGUUCCAAGUUGUCUCAAUGGCACUGUUUUGUGGUGUUGUUGCUGCUGAUUUGGUUGCCAGAAGACGUGGAUUGCAUCCGCUCAACAAGCUGGCCAGGGAAAAAUUGUAUGGCCCCCUGUCAUUUUUAUUUGUUGGGUGGUUGUGCCACUAUCUCCCAUUCUUCUUGAUGGGUAGACAAAAAUUCUUGCAUCACUACUUACCUGCCCAUUUGAUCGCAUCAAUAUUCUCAGCUGCCCUCUGGGAACUCAUUUUCACCGAAAACAAAUCCUUGGACCUCGAAAAAGAUGAAGAGAAUCCAAAUGUCCCCCAUGACCCAAACCCACAUCUCAACUUGAUCCCAUUGUCCGUCUUUAUACUUGCACUUUCUGUAGCCUUGAUUUGGUGUUUCAUCUUUUUUGCUCCUAUUGUCUACGGUAAUGUUGGAUUGAGCGUUGCCGAGGUCAAGAGCAGAGAGUUUUUCAACAUGAAGCUUCAUUUCUCCAAAUGA